AUGGUCCUACUUCAGUACCCUCUGCUGGUCCGACAAGUGGACCAACGUCUCAGCCUACUAGUGCUCCAACAGCAGGACCAACUAGCUCCAACAAGGUAUCCUAGUUCUGAACCGACCUCUGGGCCUACAAGCGGACCAACUUCAGGUCCCACACCUGGGCCUACUUUCGGACCAACAAGCGGUCCCACUUCAGGACCAACAUCUGUACCAACAUCAGGACCUACAUUUGGUCCAACAAGUGGCCCUACAUCUGGACCUACCCGUGAACCCACCAGUGUGCCUACAGGUGGUCCUACUUCGCUACCAACAAAUGGGCCUACUAGCGGACCAACGUCAGGUCCCACCUCCGGACCAACUAGUCGUCCUACAUCUGGUCCUUCUGCAGGACCGACUCCAGGACCCACCUCAGAGCCCACAAGGGGUCCUACUUCUGGGCCCACCUCAGAACCAACAAGUGGCCCUACUUCUGGACCCACCUCAGGACCAACACGUGGUCCUACUUCUGGACCCACUGCCGGACCGACUUCAGUACCAACAUCAGGACCAACAAGUGGCCCUACUUCUGGACCCACCUCUGCACCUACCAGUGAACCUACUUCAGUACCCUCUGCUGGUCCGACAAGUGGACCAACGUCUCAGCCUACCAGUGGACCAACAGCAGGACCAACUAGCGUGCCAACUUCUGUACCAACGGCUGCUCCAUCAUCCGGACCAACAAGUGGACCUACUGCUGUUCCAUCAUCUGGACCAACGAGUGGUCCUACUUCCGAACCAUCGUCUGGUCCAACUAGUGGUCCUACAUCUUGGCCAACUGCAGGACCAACAUCUGUACCAACUUCUGGUCCCACUAGCGGUCCCACUUCAGGACCAACAUCUGGACCAACAUCAGGACCUACAUUUGGUCCAACAAGUGGCCCUACAUCUGGACCUACCCGUGAACCCACCAGUGUGCCUACAGGUGGUCCUACUUCGCUACCAACAAAUGGGCCUACUAGCGGACCAACUUCAGGUCCCACAUCUGGACCUACGUUCGGACCAUCAAGCGGUCCUACUUCAGAACCAACAUCAGGACCUACAUUUGGUCCAACAAGUGGCCCUACAUCUGGACCUACCCGUGAACCCACCAGUGUGCCUACAGGUGGUCCUACUUCGCUACCAACAAAUGGGCCUACUAGCGGACCAACUUCAGGUCCCACCUCCGGACCAACUAGUCGUCCUACAUCUGGUCCUUCUGCAGGACCGACUCCAGGACCCACCUCAGAGCCCACAAGGGGUCCUACUUCUGGGCCCACCUCAGAACCAACAAGUGGCCCUACUUCUGGACCCACCUCAGGACCAACACGUGGUCCUACUUCUGGACCCACUGCCGGACCGACUUCAGUACCAACAUCAGGACCAACAAGUGGCCCUACUUCUGGACCCACCUCUGCACCUACCAGUGAACCUACUUCAGUACCCUCUGCUGGUCCGACAAGUGGACCAACGUCUCAGCCUACCAGUGGACCAACAGCAGGACCAACUAGCGUGCCAACUUCUGUACCAACGGCUGCUCCAUCAUCCGGACCAACAAGUGGACCUACUGCUGUUCCAUCAUCUGGACCAACGAGUGGUCCUACUUCCGAACCAUCGUCUGGUCCAACUAGUGGUCCUACAUCUUGGCCAACUGCAGGACCAACAUCUGUACCAACUUCUGGUCCCACUAGCGGUCCCACUUCAGGACCAACAUCUGGACCAACAUCAGGACCUACAUUUGGUCCAACAAGUGGCCCUACAUCUGGACCUACCCGUGAACCCACCAGUGUGCCUACAGGUGGUCCUACUUCGCUACCAACAAAUGGGCCUACUAGCGGACCAACUUCAGGUCCCACAUCUGGACCUACGUUCGGACCAUCAAGCGGUCCUACUUCAGAACCAACAUCGCUACCAACAAAUGGGCCUACUAGCGGACCAACGUCAGGUCCCACCUCCGGACCAACUGGUCGUCCUACAUCUGGUCCUUCAGCAGGACCGACUCCAGGACCCACCUCAGAACCAACAAGGGGCCCUACUUCUACACCCACCUCAGGACCAACGCAUGCGCCCACUUCCGGUCCAACAUCAGGACCAACAUCUGGCCCCACAACAGGGCCUACACGUGGACCCACAAAUGUCCCAACAGUCGGUCCCACCGGUCGACCUACCUUUGGGCCGACAAGUUUGCCAACGACUGUCCCCACAUCGGGUCCAACCAUUGGACCUACAAGUGGGCCUACCUUUGGUCCCACUAGUGGUCCUACAAGUGGACCGACAUCUGCGCCGACACCUGAUCCAACAAGCGGUCCUACAGCGGGCCCUUCCACUGUUCCGACAUCAGGGCCAACUUCAGGUCCGACCUCUGGACCUACGUUCGGACCAACAAGCGGUCCCACUUCAGGGCCAACUUCAGGGCCAACAAGAGGUCCUUCUUCUGAACCAACUUCUCGUCCCACUCUUGGUGAAACUUCUGGUCCCACAAGUGGCCCUACCCCUGGACCAACAUCAGGGCCUACUAGCGGACCAACAUCAGUUCCCACCUCUGGACCAACAAAUGGCCCUACUUUGGGACCAACAUCAAAACCUACAAGCGGACCUACUUCAGGUCCAACCUCUGGACCAACUGCUGGGCCUACAACUAGGCCAACAACCAGGCCAACAUCUGGACCAUCAAAUGGCCCCACAUCAGGUCCUACUAUCAGACCUACAUCUGGACCAACUUCUACACCCACCUCUGGUCCUACUAGUGGACCUACUAGCGGGCCAACAUCGGGACCAAGUAUCGGUCCUACUUCUGGCCCUACCUUUGUACCAACUCCAGGUCCUACUAGCGGGCCAACAUCGGGGCCAUCUGGCCCUUCCUCCGGACUUAGUCCAUCAUCAGGUCUUUCAGGUCUUUCUCACACAGAAGCAUUGGAUCUGACUUCGGGACCCACUUCUAGCCCGACAUUGGGACCAACCAGUGGACCUACUUUUGACCCUACAGAAGGCCCUACUGUUGGACCAACCAGCGGUCCUACAUCUGGCCCUACAUAUGGAUCAACAUCGGGUCCAACAAGUGGUCCUACCAGCAGACCAUCAUCUAGUCCUACUAGUGGGCCAACCAGCGAGCCUACAUCGAGACAGACUUUGGGUCCCACAUCUGGACCUACUUCUAGCCCGACAUUGGGACCAACCAGUGGUCCUACUUCUGACCCUACAGAAGGUCCUACUGUAGGACCAACCAUUGGUCCUACAUCUGGUCCUACACAUGGACCAACUUCUGGACCAACAUUGGGACCAACAAGUGGUCCUACCAGUAAGCCAUCAUCUAGUCCUACUAGUGGUCCAACCAGCGAGCCUACAUCGAGACAGACUUUGGGUCCCACGUCUGGACCUACUUCUGGCCCAACAUUGGGUCCAACGAGUGGACCCACUGAAGGCCCUACUGUAGGACCAACAUCUGAACCAACAAGUGGUCCUACUGCUGAGCCUACAUCUGGGCCUACGAGCACACCAACUUUAGUCCCGACCUCUGGACCUACGUUUGGACCAACAAACGGCCCUACUUCGGGACCGACAUCUGGGCCAACAUCUGGACCUACCAUUGGGCCAACUGUUGGUCCAACAAGUGGUCCUACGUCUUGGCCUACCCGUAAACCCACUGCUGGGCCUACUUCGCUACCAACAUCUGGGCCUACUAGCGGACCAACUUCAGGUCCCACUUCCGGACCAACGAGUGGGCCUACAUCUGGGCCAACAAUUGGUCCUACCAGUAGACCAACAGCUAGUCCUACUAUUGGGCCAACCAACGACCCAACCACCAAGCCUACAUCUGGUCCAACAUCCCAACCAACUUCUGGACCUACAUCAGGGCCCACGACAAAAAGUUCCCUACGUCGCCGGCUUAUUGACCAGGAUCCUCCAAGCCCUUGUAUGUAUGGAGCAGAAGCAAACCUUUUUGCGGCGGUUGGUGUUGGACCAAAGGAGUGUGCUGACAAGGACAAUAUGAUUGAUUUGGACGAGAACGAUUUGCCUAUUCAGAUCAUCGACCAAAACCAAAAUGGAGACGACGUUACAUUCAAGAUUACCCAACACUACUACGAUGGUAUCAUCAAGAAAAUGGCCUUUAACUUCAAACGAGGCCCUAUGGAUACCGCGUGUGAAGUGAACUCUGAGAUUAGUUUGGAAUGGAGCGAAACAUACACGGCAGUCUGUUUUGAUGGAAAGGCCACGGUGGAGAUUUAUCUCCAUUUUUGUGAGGGUGAAGACAUCGGCAUCGACUAUUGUGCACCUCCUGAUAGUCUUGAUGACUACUUGGCGCUAUCGAUGCAGCUUGACUGUUAUGAGACUUGCGAAAUGUAA